CGGAGUGUGAUCGCCACAUACGCACCCGUAGUAAGACACAAGAACAAGAAAGGGGUUCACCUCAGUGCUCGUAUCUUCUCUGCUCUAGCCAUGGAUCCUUACAAGUAUCGCCCUUCAAGCGCAUUCAAUUCUCCUUUCUGGAGCACAAAUUCUGGUGCUCCUGUUUGGAAUAAUAAUUCAUCACUAACUGUCGGAACAAGAGGUCCAAUUAUGCUUGAGGAUUAUCAUUUAGUUGAAAAAAUAGCAAACUUUGACAGGGAACGAAUCCCAGAACGUGUUGUCCAUGCGAGGGGAGCUAGUGCCAAGGGGUUUUUUGAGGUUACACAUGAUAUUUCACACCUCACAUGUGCAGAUUUCCUAAGGGCACCUGGAGUUCAGACCCCAGUCAUUGUUCGCUUCUCCACUGUUAUCCAUGAGCGAGGCAGCCCUGAAACUCUGAGGGAUCCCCGGGGUUUUGCUGUGAAGUUCUAUACGAGAGAGGGUAAUUUUGAUCUAGUAGGGAACAAUUUCCCAGUGUUCUUCAUUCGUGAUGGAAUGAAGUUCCCAGACAUGGUCCAUUCUCUCAAACCCAAUCCUAAGUCUCACAUCCAGGAAAAUUGGAGGAUCCUUGAUUUCUUCUCCCACCACCCGGAAAGCCUGCAUAUGUUCAGCUUCCUCUUUGAUGAUGUUGGUAUUCCACAGGAUUACAGGCACAUGGAGGGCUCUGGUGUUAACACCUACACCCUCAUCAACAAGACUGGGAAAGCACAUUAUGUAAAGUUCCAUUGGAAACCUACUUGCGGGGUCAAGUGUUUGUUGGAUGAUGAGGCUGUGAUGGUUGGAGGAGCCAAUCACAGCCAUGCAACUAAGGAUCUGUACGACUCAAUCCAGGCUGGAAACUAUCCUGAGUGGAAGCUUUUCAUCCAGACGAUAGAUCCUGAUCAUGAAGACAAGUUGGACUUUGACCCACUUGAUGUGACCAAGACCUGGCCGGAAGAUAUUAUUCCCCUGCAACCUGUAGGUCGUUUAGUCUUAAACAAGAACAUUGAUAACUUCUUUGCAGAGAAUGAGCAGCUUGCAUUUUGCCCUGGCGUUGUGGUCCCGGGUAUCUACUAUUCAGAUGAUAAGCUUCUUCAGACUCGGAUAUUCUCCUACUCUGAUACUCAGAGGCAUCGUCUUGGGCCAAACUAUCUGAUGCUGCCAGCAAAUGCUCCCAAGUGUGCUCACCAUAACAAUCAUCAUGACGGAUUCAUGAAUUUCUUGCACAGGGAUGAGGAGGUCAAUUACUUUCCUUCAAGGUAUGAUCCUGUGCGUCAUGCAGAGAGGUUCCCCAUCCCACCAAGAAUAUGCACUGGAAAGCGUGAGAAGUGUGUCAUUGAGAAAGAAAACAACUUCAAGCAGCCUGGAGAACGAUACAGAUCCUUUGACCCUGACAGGCAAGAGCGAUUUAUCAAACGAUGGUUUGACGCCCUAUCUGACCCAAGGGUCACACAUGAAAUCCGUAGCAUUUGGAUUUCAUACUGGUCUCAGGCUGACAAAUCUCUAGGACAGAAGCUUGCAACUCGUCUCAAUGUGAAGCCGAGCAUGUGAAGAAUGUGGCACCGAGAUGGGAUUGUAUUAAGUGUUGCUAGAGGAAAGCGAGUAAUGGAGCAAAGGAUUCCCCAUGUUAAUGAUGGUGGAAAUCUUAUGCUAAUCCUCUGAUUGAUGUGUUAAUAGUGUACCAAGGAAACUUUACUAGUACUGUGACUCUACAUUAAUGAGAUAACAGGCCAUGUAAUAAAUUUGCUGAUAUAUAUGCAGGUUAUGAUUGCCCAUGCCUAAUUGCCUA